AUGCAGCUGUCUCUGGGUCUGCUGGUCGCCUCCUUGGUGACAUCCAUCGGAGCCCAAUCCACGUUCUCGCCGGCCCGGCCACCUGCGAUUCCUCUCGCUGUCCGAUCGCCGUAUCUCAGCACUUGGCUUGAUGCAGGAAGUGACGGCGGCAAUGGUGGGUACUUGGCUGGCCAAUGGCCAGUGUUCUGGCAAAACCAAGUUACGGCCUGGGCGGGUAUGAUUCGUGUAGAUGGCGAUGUGUAUACGUGGAUGGGAUUGCCCGGCACCGACACGGUCAAUCAGACUGCCUACGAGUACACCUCGACUAAGAGUAUUUUCACCAUGCAUGUCCAUGACAAGCUCAAAAUGAAAAUUACCUUCCUGUCGCCCAUCACCCCGGAAGACUUUAAGCGCCAGUCUCUUGUGUUCUCGUAUCUCAAUGUUGAAGUUUCUUCUCUCGAUGGCCAGGACCACGAUGUGCAGGUAUAUGCCGACAUCUCGGCAGAAUGGGUUUCUGGCGACCGCAAUGCAGUUGCGGAAUGGGACUAUGGCACUACCGAUGGUGUCGCGUACCACAAGGUGCACCGACAGACUCAACUAGCCUUCUCCGAGAAGAAUGAGCAGGGCGAAUGGGGUUACUGGUACUGGGCUACUGAUACUUCUCCUGGUAUGACCUACCAGUCGGGCGCAGACACUGUUGUCCGCUCCCAAUUCCGCAACAAUGGCAAGCUUGCGAACAAAGGCGAUACCAACUUCCGCGCUAUCCACGACGACUGGCCUGUCUUCGGCUUUUCCUCAAACUUGGGCUCAGUUGGGUCAUCGCCCGUCAACACGUUGUUCUCGCUCGGUCUGACACAGGAUGAAGCUGCGCAAUACGAGGGUGCGCAGUCCUACGGUCCUGUUCCGUCUCUAUGGAAGAGUUAUUUCGAUACUGAACUGGCUGCGCUCGCUUUCUUCCACCAUGAUUACAGAGAGGCUACGAGACUUUCAACCUGGUUUGACGACAAAGUGGCCAAGGACUCCAUAGCCACUGCUGGCCAGGACUAUCUCACGAUUACUUCCCUUUCGGUCCGACAGGCAUUCGGUGCUACUCAACUAUGCGGUACUCAGGAGAAAACGUACUUGUUCCUGAAAGAGAUAUCUUCCGAUGGAAACAUGAACACCGUCGAUGUUGUGUUCCCCGCCUACCCGAUCUUCUUGUACUCCAACCCUGCUCUCCUCAGGCUGGUCCUCGAUCCGCUGUUUGAGAACCAGGAGGCUGGAAAAUACCCUAAUGACUAUUCUAUGCACGACAUGGGCUCGUCAUACCCCAAUGCAACGGGCCAUUCCGACGGCAGCGACGAGAAAAUGCCACUGGAAGAGUGUGGAGAUAUGCUGAUAAUGACUCUGGCUUACUCGCAGAAGGCCAAAGACACCGACUACCUGAACCUCCACUACAACUUGCUGAAGAAGUGGACUAGCUAUCUGGUCGCCGACUCCCUCUACCCUGCUAACCAGAUUUCCACCGAUGAUUUUGCCGGCUCCCUCGCAAACCAAACCAACCUAGCGCUUAAGGGCAUGAUCGGCAUUCAGGCAAUGGCUGUCAUUGCUAACAAGACCGGUCACCAGGACGAUGCUGCCAAUUUCACCAGUAUUGCUCAUGAUUAUAUUACCCAGUGGCAGGAACUGGCCAUUGCCAAAGAUGCCAAUCCACCCCGGACGACUCUGUCAUACGGGGAUGCUAGCAGUCAUGGUCUACUAUACAACCUGUUUGCGGAUGCUCAGCUGGGCCUUGGCCUAGUACCGCAGUCCGUUUAUCAGAUGCAGAGUGACUUCUACCCAACCGUUGAGAACAAGUACGGCGUUCCUCUGGAUACUCGUCACGCUUACACAAAGAGUGACUGGGAGUGCUUCACUGCCGCCAUUUCUUCGGUCGAAACCCGAGACAUGUUCCUCAAGGAUCUCGCUACUUGGAUUAACGAGACACCAACUAACCGACCCCUCACCGAUCUGUACGAUACUGAGUCGGGAAAUUACCCUCAAAACACCUUCGUCGCUCGUCCGGUCAUGGGAGGAUCUUUUGCGCCAUUGCUUGUGCGUUAG